CCAAGCCACCACUGCAUGACAUGAGAACUAUUGAGGAGACCAGAAAGAGAUGGGAGAUCCUGUUCGCCGACAAUGACACACCUUCUGAUCUGCGGGCCGCCCUCCGAGCGGAACAGGAAGGAAAGCUGUGCAACGAUGGGCUGAGAUCGAUUUGCUGGAAGGUGUUUCUGCUCUUUGAGGGCCUCGAGCGGGAGGAGUGGUCACAGAAGCUCGGAGAGUCACGAGAGGCAUACAAGGCGCUUCGCGACCAUUUCCUGAAAUUUGUCGAGCAUCCCGAUGAUGUAGAGUCUACUGUUGAUCCGCUGGCGGACGACGAAGAGUCUCCUUGGCAAACGCUCCGCAACGACGAGAAACUGCGCGCCGAGAUUUUGCAAGAUGUCGACCGAUGCAUGCAAGAGAAUUUUUUCUUCCAGGAGCCAGCGACAAAGAAGAAACUGACGGAUGUCUUGUUUGUUUACUCGAAACUGAACCCCGAUGUAGGGUAUCGACAAGGCAUGCACGAGCUGCUGGCCCCAAUUCUCUGGGUGGUUGAUCGAGAUUCUGUUCAACCGGAACCACAACAGUCGACCGACAACAAGGAAGAUGCCUCAAUGCUGGACCUCCUCGACCCCAAGUUUGUGGAACACGAUUCGUUCACGUUGUUCCUUUGUGUCAUGCAGACAGCUCGCAUAUAUUACGAACACAGCGAGACUCGGUCAGCCAAUGGCGAAAUAGAUGUCAUUCCGAUUGUGAACCGGUGCCAGUACCUUCACAACGAGGCCCUAAUGAUUAUAGACCACGAAUUAGCGGAACAUCUGCACGCUGUGGAUGUACUACCUCAGAUCUUCCUGACUCGCUGGAUGCGCCUACUAUUUGGACGAGAGUUCCCCUUCGAUGAUGUCCUCAUGAUGUGGGAUCUAUUGUUUGCCCAUGGACUUCGGUCUGAUCUUGUGGAUUUUACCUGCAUCGCGAUGCUGCUCCGGAUUCGCUGGCAAUUGCUUAAAGCAGACUACUCGGGUGCAUUGUCGAUGCUGUUACGAUACCCAUCUCCUCAACCACAUACACCCCAAACUUUCGUGUACGAUGCGCUCUACCUAGAACAAAACCCAACUGCGGAGCGAGGCAGCUUUAUCAUUUCAAAAUACUCUGGCAAAGAGCCCGAGUCAAAGCGCCCUAACCAAUCCCGUGUGAGACCCGCGCGAACGGCACAUCUCUGGGAAGAAUUCCGCAACCGCAGCAGCAGCAACUCGUCCACCUCGUCACCUACUAGAAUUGGUCCCAAGGGUUUUGAGACGCUUCUUCAAGAUGUCUCUCAUGGAAUUCAGCGUCGCACUGAGUCGUGGGGUGUAGCCAAAGCCGUUCGCGGGGCCGUGACGGAAGCCAGAAGAAACAUGCAAACUAUGCAUUACGAGCCAGGGCCUCGCACUGGCCCCUCACUUCGCAGACCUUCUUCUACAAUAGUACCAAACGCAGUGCCGAAGAAGCCAACGCCCACCGAGCUUGGACUAGCAAAGAAGUUGACUCUUCUUGAGGAAAGGAACAGGGAGUUGGCGAGUGCGUUGGGCAAGGCCCUGGAAGACCUUCGUUCACAACUCGCCACCACGAAGGAUCUUGACCCGAAUGCCAACAAUGCGGUGAUGCAGACAUUGGCUCGAGCUGGGUUCGUCCGGGAAUGUCUCGAGGAUUCAUCACUGUCACUGCCAGUAGCCUCUGCCCCGCAAAACCCUAAAGUAGACGGGGAGAUCGCUGGCUCGGUACCUUUACCUCCAUCACCGCCGGUCUCAUCCGCCGUCAACACUUCUGAAGAUGUGGCGCAGAAGGAUCGGCAAAGUGCGCCUCAGCCUUGCGCGGAUGCUACGGCGCCACGCGCCGAAGGUGGUAUUUCCAGGAAUGUCAGCACCGCCACAAACAGCAAGAACCCUGACGGGCAGGCCGAAGCAGGCCGAGAGAGGUCGCAGCAAAAUCUUGUCCGGCCAUCCCUGUCGGACUCAGGGUUUUCCUGGAUGCUGGAAGGCAGUCGGAACCUGUCAACCUUUGUCAGUUCGGCAUCGGUACCACCGGAGCAGACGCGGCAUCAAGAAUCGCCCCGAAGCAAAGACAGAGGUAGUCCACUAUUCGGCAAUGGCAGAGAAGAGAACCCAGGGACCGAAGCCGAGCAUGAUGAACUGGCACUGCACAGUCUCCACGGGGCUCGGGGCCCGCUGUAA